UUUUAAACAGCUGCUGACAGUCAAACAGAAUCAGUGUUAGUUUACAGGAUCAUGGCUUCAUCCUCUCUCAGCUUCUUGCUUCUCUUCAUCACUGUCCACUUAGCAGAUGGAUUUCUGUAUUAUCAUACAGCACGCUGUGUGUUUAACUCCACUGAGCUGAAGGACAUUGAGUAUAUCCGGUCUUUCUAUUACAACAAACUGGAGUUGAUAAGGUUCAGCAGCAGUUUGGGGAAGUUUGUUGGAUACACUGAGUUUGGAGUGAAGACUGCAGAACAAUGGAACAAAGAUACUGCAUUGCUGAGCGCAGAGAGAGCUCAGAAGGAGGUGUACUGUCUCCCAAACACUGAGAUAUGGUACACAAAUGUUCUGUCUAAAUCAGUUGAGCCCUACGUGGUCCUGCACUCCACGGCGCCUCCUCCUAAACAACAUCCAGCCGUGUUGGUCUGCAGUGUCUACGACUUCUACCCCAAAGUAAUCAAAGUGAGCUGGUUCAGAGACGAACAGGAGGUCACCUCAGGAGUCUCCUCUACUGGUGUGAUGGAGGACGGUGACUGGUACUACCAGAUCCACUCUCGCCUGGAGUACACACCCAGGAAGGGAGAGAAGAUCGCUUGUGUGGUGGAACAUGCCAGCCUGAAAGGACCUCUGAGGACCUACUGGAAUCCGUCCAUGCCUAAGUCAGAUAAAGAAAAGAUUGCCAUCGGAGCCUCAGCACUGAUUCUGGGUCUGGUCUUUGGUCUGGCUGGAUUCAUCUACUACAGGAACCACACCCCAGAUCUGUUUUUGCUUGAUUCAGAGAAAACCAAGAUUGCCAUUAAAGAGUCAGGACUGACUCUGGAUCAGGUCUUAUCUCUGGCGAAAUUCAUCUACUCCAAGAAGAAGGCCCAAGGACGCAUUCUGUGUCCUUCCUGAGGAAAGGUUCUGGUCCUGAUCUUGUUCCUGAUUCUAGUCCUGGUCCUGAUUCUGUCUGUCAGAUGACAGAAAAUACCGUUGCUGCUUAAACCUGCUUUCAAAUGAUCGUUUCUGGACUGGACUCUCUAAACCUGGUCCAGGACUGAAGUCUGAAGCUCAGCUGGCCUGGACCUGGUCCAGAACCACCACAGUGUGAAUCCAGUCCUGCUGGUUGAUGCAGGUGUUUCAGUGGAGUAGUCUGGUCCAGUCCUGGAUCAGGUUUAAUGUGGACUCUGAUGUAACAGCUGGACCUGGUCUCUGCUGCUUCACUGUGUUGAAUGAAUCAUUUUCAGCCUUUUCUGUCUGCAGAACAACAGCUUUGAAAUCACUUGUUAGCAAAUGUUUGACUGAAUGUAGCUGCAGCUCCACUGAUUGACAUUUAUCCUUUUAACUGUAUAAUUUUUAUAAACUUUGACACAAUCUGA